AUGGCGACCAUCAACUUCGACAUUAAUGAUGCGCUGAAGCAUUACAUGUCGGAUCCUACGGCGAUUCCCACACCGGAAGCCGAUGGAUCUCUAUUCGACUGCGAAAAUGAUCCCGAGGCUCUCACAGUCCAAGUCAUCAAUCCGGUGCUGAAUCCGAUCGUGGACGCCAUCGCAGAUAACCCCGACGCCAUUAUGCGAGCAACAAAUAUUGAUUCGUUACAGUUUCUGCUGAAAUAUACACAAUACAUUCCCCCACAUGCGCUCAGCAAGAUCUUUGAUGUUGUCAUGAGUGGCCUCAGUGCGGAAGCCGACGCAGUAAAUAAUGACAUCGAAUCUCCUGAUGAGCAAGACGCCAUCGCGCACCACAAGCAGCUGCUGGAAAUAUACGCUUUCUUGCUGCAAUGGACCAUUGCCGGGGUGGAGGCAAAGGCGGCAGAGAAGUCCUCAACUACUUCGCUCGCACGAGGCCGCGCGAAGCCGAAGAAGGGCGCCGCCAAAGAGGAGACUUGGGACUCUGCAACGCAACUGCAGGCAGCUUUGGAUACUAUGUGCAAGGUCCUGAAGUUGAAGCUAUCCAAAAUCUUCCUCACGACGAGCGAGCGCGAUACCUUCAUUAGCCUUCUUACCCGACCUGUUUACAUGGUACUCGAGAGUGAGCAAAGAGUCAAAACCACUUCUAUUCGCAUGCACAGCUUCAAGGUUCUCUGUAUGGCUGUCAAGAACCAUGGCCAUGGCUAUGCUGCGCAAAUCAAUGUCAUCCAAAAUCUCACUUAUUUCGAGCACCUUUCGGAGCCGAUGGCCGAAUUUCUCCAUAUCCUUGCCGACACAUACGACUAUCCUCAGCUUGCUGACGAGGUUUUGAGAGAGCUGAGCAACAAGGAAUUCAAUUCCAACGAUACGAAAGGUCCCAAGUCGGUCUCGACCUUCAUUGCCAAGAUCUCAGAGCUUGCGCCCAGAAUUGUUAUCAAGCAAAUGACUAUGCUUGCGAAGCAGCUCGAUAGCGAGUCGUAUACUCUUCGAUGUGCUCUUAUUGAAGUGUGUGGCAACAUGAUUGCUCAUUUGAGCAUGCAAGAUGAGCGCGGUGAAAACCACAAGACCCAGCUCAACGCUUUCUUCGAUGUAUUGGAGGAGCGAUUCCUUGACAUUAACCCUUACUGUCGAUGCCGUGCCCUGCAAGUCUACAUGAAGCUUUGCGAUCUCGAACAAAAAUUCCCCAAGAGAAGGCAGAAGGCCGCCGAGCUUGCUUGCCGUAGUUUGGAGGAUAAGAGCAGCAAUGUUCGCAGAAACGCCAUCAAACUUCUGGGCACAUUGAUUAAAACUCAUCCUUUCACUGUGAUGCACGGUGCUCAGCUGUCGAGAAAAGAGUGGCAAACGCGCCACGACAAAGUCGAAGAGGAGCUUACUGCCCUGAAGCCGCCACCUGGAAUGCCCGGGUUCGGAGACGAGAAUGCCGAGAGCAACGUCGAUAAUGAUCUUCUUGAUGACCAGACUCAAGUCGAAUCACCCAAGAAGCCGUCAGCAAUGACCGACGAAGAGAAGCUUGCCGCCAUCAAGAAGGCUCAAGAGGAAGCUGCCACUGGCGAAGCUAUCGAGAAGCUCACACUGACGAAGAGAUAUUAUAACGAGGCUCUCAAGUUCAUUGAUGUUCUUCAUGAUGCCACUAGCAUCAUCUGCCAGCUCCUGGGAUCGCGCAACAAGAGCGAGGUUAUCGAAGCCAUCGACUACUUUGAAGUCGGUGAUGCUUACAACAUUGAGCAGAAUAAGGUCGGUAUCCGACGCAUGUUGAGACUUAUCUGGACGAAGGGCAACAGCGACGAGGGCAAAGGUGUUCAGACUCACUUGAUUGAGUGCUACAGACGCCUAUUUUUCGAGGCUCCUGACUCAUUUAGCCCCAACGAUGCCUCUAAUUACAUUGCUCGCAAUAUGAUCAGUCUGACGUUUGGCGCAACUUCAGCCGAGCUCACUUCUUUGGAGCAGCUCCUCGCCACUAUGAUGAAGGGUGGCAUUAUCCCUGACGUCGUUGUUUCCAAGUUGUGGCAAGUCUACGGCGUUCAGAAGCGCGAUAUUUCGAAGAGUCAACGUCGUGGCGCCAUCAUUGUCCUGGGAAUGCUUGCAACUGCUGUCCCCGAGAUUGUCGUUGGCGAGAUUGAGACUAUGCUUAAAACUGGUCUUGGAGCUCACGGUCGCAACGACCUCCAGUUGGCCAAGUACACAUGUAUCGCUCUCAGACGAAUCAAUCCCCUGGGUCGCAAUGCAAAGGACUCGACUGUCAAGUUCUCGCGACUGCCAAAUGACCACGCCGUCUGUGUUCGCCUCGCUGCCAUUACUGAGGUGCAGUCGGAAAGCAAGGAGUGGUAUGGCGUGGCAGAGCAGGCCAUCAACGCCAUCUACGCUGUCUCCAAGCAUCCGGAUACGCUCUGCUCUGAGAUUAUCCGUCGCAAGACGAGAUAUGUCUUCAGUAACCCGCAAUCUCGCCCUGCUUCGCGUGAUGAGACUCAGGCAAUUGACAUGACAACAGUUGAGAAGCCUCGUAAGCGCGACAAUGCUGUUGCUCUCUCACAACUACUCUUCAUUGUGGGCCAUGUUGCUAUCAAGCAAAUUGUGCACUUGGAGCUCUGCGAACUCGACUUUAAGCGUAGGAAGCAAGAGAAGGAGAAGCAAGCGCAAGCUGAGAAGGAGAAGGAGAAGGAGGAAGGCGACGAACUGGAUCUUAUUGGCGGAACUACCGAGGAUGAUUUCACAGAAGCGAUGACGCACAUUCGAGAGCGUGAGCUCUUGUAUGGACCAAGCUCACUUUUGGCAACAUUUGGACCACUCGUGUCGGAGGUCUGCGCCAACAACACGACAUAUGCCGACAAAGGACUGCAGGCUGCGGCCACGCUUUGUUUGGCCAAGCUCAUGUGCGUUUCGUCAGAGUACUGUGAAACGAAUCUCCCUCUAUUGAUCACCAUCAUGGAGCGUUCGCCAGACGCUACUGUGCGCUCAAACGCAGUUAUUGCGCUUGGCGACAUGGCGGUCUGCUUCAAUCACCUCAUUGAUGAGAACACCGACUUCCUCUACCGCCGACUUGCGGAUGACGAUGUAUCCGUAAAGCGAACUUGUCUGAUGACUCUGACAUUCCUCAUUCUGGCCGGUCAAGUCAAGGUCAAGGGUCAACUCGGUGAGAUGGCCAAGUGCCUCGAGGACGAGGACCGCAGAAUCGCAGAUUUGGCGAGGAUGUUCUUCACCGAGCUCAGCACCAAAGACAAUGCUGUCUACAAUCACUUUGUGGAUAUGUUUAGUCUGCUUAGUGCCGGCAAGAUGGAGGAAGAGAGUUUCAAGAGGAUCGUCAAGUUCCUCCUCGGCUUUGUCGAAAAGGACAAGCAUGCGAAGCAGCUGGCCGAGAAGCUGGCGGCUCGACUUGCACGCUGCGAUAGCGAACGGCAAUGGAACGAUGUGGCUUUUGCAUUGGGUCUGCUGCCGCACAAGAAUGAGGAAAUCACGAAACAGGUUUCUGAAGGCUUCAAGCUAGUUCAGGCCACUGCUUAA